UUGGUCAAUGAUAACGCGCUGUCAGGGGCUAUCAGCCGUUGUCCAACGCGUGCGAGCGCGAUAGCAGCGUCGUACAACAGCGUUGUACAAGCGUCGUAUGACGCCGCGGCCACCUAACGGAAGUGAACCGAGAAUAGGCAAAAGGCAACAUCAUCGCAAACGGAGAUGUCGCGGAUCUAUUUCCGAACACGUCGCACAAAUCGGGUUCGGGGGGGACGACAGGUCGCUGGUUGACGAAAAAUGGCGAGGAUUCGCGCGGUGUGAGGGUGGUCGCGUCGUCGUUGCUGAUUGACAGCCGCGCUCGGAAUCGAAGUGGAGAGACUAAACGGUGAAGGAAAAACAGAGAGAAAUAAAGCAACGAGAGAUAUUUCGUACCGUCUGUCGUGUCGCGACGGAACGUCGCGCGACUGUCACUCUGAAUGUUCAGAAAGGACCAAAAAAAGAGUGUUCUCGCGCGGCAGUGGUUCGGUGGUUGCGAAACGUCACGCGCGCAAAUCGUAACUCGUGGCGAUCGUUGACGAUCGUGUGUCCGUCCGUUUGUACAACAUUUCGCGAGUGAUACAAGGCGAUAGUGCAUCCUUGAUAAGUGACGUAUAAUAGAGAAAACGAUAAUACAUGGAUAAUACGAUGAAACAUCGAUAAAUCAUCGUUUGCAAGUACGAGGUCACUUCGUGUACCCCGCGUGAACCUUGAACGGUCGCACGCUCGAGGUUAUAAGCAGUUAUGCGUCUGACGUUCAGUUCGUCGAUGAACGUUGAUCAAGGUGGAUUAUCAUCGAGUUGCGUUUGGCAGAUCUGGCGAAUAGACGGUGCUCCGACUAAUGAAUUGGUCGGAUUGUCGAUUCAGCCUCGGAUAUGCGCGCUCCUCGACGCUCUUUAACGUCGCCGUCUCGUUGAUUGGGAUUCAUUUAACUGGCUGUGAAGAGUGCAACGUAAUUAUAUCGAGUCCAAAGAGUAUAUAGAUAUAUAUACAUAAAACACUGGUCAAAAUGGAUCAAGAAACGGUCUACGGCACACAUGAGGAUAGUCAUGUUGUCAUGUCAGAGAAAGUGCAGUCUCUGGCAGGCAGCAUCUAUCAAGAGUUUGAGAAGAUGAUAGCGAGAUAUGAUGAGGAUGUAGUGAAAGACUUAAUGCCUCUGCUAGUCAAUGUAUUAGAAUGUCUGGAUAUAUCCUAUACUGAGAAUCAAGAACGUGAAGUGGAACUAGAGCUGUUAAGAGAAGACAAUGAACAACUUGUCACUCAGUAUGAAAGGGAGAAACAAUUGAGAAAAGCUUCGGAUCAGAAACUCCUCGAACUGGAAGAUGUUUCGGAAGACGAAAGAAAGGAGCUUCUGUCGAAAAUUGAUAGCUUGGAAUCUAUAGUGAGAAUGCUGGAACUGAAGACCAAAAAUUCACACGAUCACGGUACAAUCGCCAUUGGCACUUCCAGUCUACCCAUUCACAGUUCUUCCCUCUACAUUGGUCGGCUUGAAGAGAAAGAAGCUGAAUUGAAACGCGAGUAUUCCCGGUUACAUGACAGAUAUACAGAGUUAUUUAAGACCCAUGUCGAUUAUAUGGAAAGGACCAAAAUGCUGGUUGGUAGCACAGAAAGAUUGGAAAGUGUAUCUGCAAGCCGCGCGCCAUCACGCUUACCUUCUCUUGGACUUGCUCAUAUGUCGCGCAGCUCCGGGCCGCUGAGCUACGGUUUUCAGAGUCUGGAAGCUAGUAUAAACGCCGAAGAUGUUCACGAAGAUAUCGUACCAAAUACUGCUAACUUAAGAACCGAGAUGUUGGACAGUAGUAGCGAAGCUGCUAUUGAAACAUCUGAUAAAAGCCAAUUGACUGAUCAACCAGUACAAGAGAACAAGACUACAGCUAUAUCUAGGCAUGAAAGUCCAGAAACGGAGGUACCGCCAACUUUAAUAACGCCAACCACACCGACCGCAAGCAUAGAGAAGUUGGCUACUACUCCGGGAGGUAGAAGUAGAACUGAAAGAGAGCAACGAAGUGGCAAUACAUUGUAUCAAGAAUUAAGUUUCCAAGAUGCUGAUGCUCUUGGCGAAAUGGACGAGGGCGCAGAUAUUACAGGAAGCUUAGUACAUCCUGGAGAAUAUGCCUCCUCAGUCAAUGACAACUUCUUUGGUAUGGGAAAAGAAGUAGAAAAUCUCAUUAUGGAGAAUAAUGAAUUGCUAGCAACAAAGAAUGCGCUUAACGUUGUCAAGGAUGAUUUAAUUGUUAAAGUGGAUGAAUUAACUAGUGAGCAAGAAAUAUUACGUGAAGAAGUUCGAGGCUUACAGCAAGCGCGGGAACGAUUGCGGCAACGAGUCGCCGCUCUCGAGGAAGAAUUGAAGAAAGUUAAGGAAGAGGCGGAAGCGGCAGCUAAAGCGACAAAGAGUGACGAUGAAGAAGACGUGCCUCUGUCUCAGAGGAAGCGAUUCACGCGAGUGGAGAUGGCGAGGGUGCUCAUGGAGCGAAAUCAAUACAAGGAACGGUUUAUGGAACUUCAAGAGGCGGUGAGGUGGACGGAAAUGAUUAGAGCCAGCAAGACCGAUCCUUCCAGUAUCUCGGGUGGCAAAGGUUCGGUGUGGAAGUUUUUUAGCAAUCUCUUCACAGGCCCGGCUGAUCGGGGGACAUUAGUGCGUUCCGCGCACACGCUACCGCAUGUGCGGUACAGCGCACCAUCGAAUCAGGUCGUUCCAGCGCCGCCCUUGGAUGCCAUGCGUAGACGUACGUUGAAAAGUCGCCAAGACUUUCUCGACCAAGGAGACACCAUAUCAUCCGAAAAACUCGUAGCAAGACGCGCAAGCGAGCGGAGAGAGCAGUAUCGUCAGGUGCGAGCACACGUGAAGAAGGAGGAUGGUCGUCUGCAAGCUUAUGGCUGGAGUUUACCGGGAAAACCAAGCGCUCCCGUCAGGCAACCUCCCGUCCCAGUCCCGGUGUACUGUCGACCUUUGCAAGAAACCGAGCCGGGCAUGAAGAUAUGGUGCGGCGCUGGUGUAAAUCUGAGCGGCGGUAAAACGCGCGACGGCGGAUGCAUGGUCGGCGGAAGUGUGUUUUACGCUGCCGAAGCUCAGGAGACGAGCAAUAACGCGAAGGCAGAGGCCGAAGACGCCGUCGAGCAUCUGGACAAGGAGCUCCAGGAGAACGAGAACCGACGGCUCGAGGCAGAACGGUGGGAGCAGCAGCUCAGCUCGCUCGUCUGGAUCUGCACCUCGACGCAGAAGAUGUCCAAGGUUACUGUGAUAGAUGCGAACAAUCCGGCGGACAUUCUGGAGGUGUUCAACGUUUGUCAGGGACACUUGCUGUGCAUCGCGAGCGUGCCCGGUGCGAAAGAGAGCGAUUACGCGCAAUCGUCGAACGAGAACUCGAUCCGCAACUCGGCGAACGGCACGGCGAACGACAGCGAGAACAAUAACGGCGCCUGCGAGGAUGUCACGAACGCGAACGAAAGCGCCGAGCAGAAUAGCGAAAAGAAUCAAGACGCUGAAGCCGCCGUUGAGAAAAAUAAGAAUGAAUCUGACAAUCAGUCAGAGGAUCAGACAAAUGAGAAUACUGAGAAGGCUGCCGAGACGGAUCAGAAUGAACCUCAGAGUCUGGAAAGUGUGGACAGCGAAACCGCGAAUUUGGGAAAAGUACACUUCAUACGGUGCGGUGCCGAAGCUUAUCCUUCGCGAUUGAAUGACAAGGAUACCGUGAACGAAGAAGCGAAGGAGGAAGUGGAAGAGACACCCAUCGAGAAGAUGUCAUCUGUACAACCAACUAUGUGGCUUGGGGCUCAAAAUGGUGCAGUUUUCGUUCAUUCAGCCGUUGCCAAGUGGUCAGUGUGCUUGCAUUCUGUGAAGCUAAGGGAUGCAGCAUUAGCAAUUGUACAUGUGCAAGGCCGCGUCUUGGUCGCUUUAGCGGACGGAACUGUAACGAUAUUCCGCAGAGGAACGGACGGACAGUGGGAUCUGUCUCAAUAUCAUGUGAUUACGCUUGGCAGUCCUCAACAUUCCAUCAGAUGCAUGACUGCAGUCAGCGGAAAAACCGUGUGGUGUGGAUACAGAAACAAGAUUCACGUGAUUGAUCCCAUUUCAAUGACACUUGAGUGUACAGUGGACGCACAUCCUCGCAGGGAGUCUCAAGUGCGGCAAUUGGCAUGGCUAGGCGACGGUGUGUGGGUCAGCAUCAGGCUCGAUUCAACGUUAAGGCUGUACCACGCUCACACUUACCAACAUCUCCAAGACGUCGAUAUAGAGCCGUAUGUCAGCAAGAUGCUUGGCACGGGGAAACUUGGAUUUUCCUUCGUGCGCAUUACAGCUCUACUUAUUUCCUCGAAUAGACUCUGGAUCGGCACCGGUAACGGGGUGAUAAUCUCGGUGCCGCUGUCAGAGAAUGCGAGCGGUUCAAUGGCGGUAGCCAGAGUGCAGACGGGUAACAGUAAAGGUGACGCGCCGGGAGUCGGCGUCAGGAUCUUCGCGUCGGAUCGUGGUGUUACGCCGGGAAGUUUCAUACCCUACUGCAGUAUGGCCCAUGCGCAGCUCAGUUUUCACGGACACAGGGAUGCUGUGAAGAUGUUCGUUGCUGUGCCUGGCCAUGGUGGUCAGAGCGCGGUGACGGAUGGAACACAGCCCGCGAUGCUCGUUCUCUCCGGUGGUGAGGGUUAUAUUGAUUUCAGAGUCGGUGAUGGAGAAGAGACGGAAGAAAGUAUGGACCGAUCGAACGCUCCGGUCAGCAAUGCGGAAGAGCACGGUGAACAGAGUCACCUGAUCGUGUGGCAAGUGCAAUGUCCUUUAUCGAUGCUAAUAAACGGCUAGCCUACAGACGAAGUGAAUAACUGCAGCGCGGCAUUACACGUGUCGUCGAUAGACCAGCGGAUCGUAGAUCGGAUUAUAGAUGGUGAAUCAUUGAUAUCCGAGCGUGCGAUCCUCGUUGCUGCAAACUAAUGUGCUACCUACACCUAGAUAUUACUUAUAUAAUGAUCGUAGAAGAGUACGUUAAUAAUUCAAGGUAAUUGUUACAAUUUUUCGUAUUAGUAGAGCAAAGACGGCGAUGUCGAGUCUUUUUUUUUUCUGAAUGACGGGUCACAGUUAUCUCGUUAUUCUUCCGCAGCGGAGACAAGUUCACCGUGUGACAAUUCUUGUGUGCGGUUAGGGAAUUUAUGAGUUUUAUCGAUGUGAUUGGAAUCUCCCAGAUCCGAUGUUAAUCUUUCGCUUCUCGUUAAACUGCGUCCUUCACUUUACGCUUACGUACGUACGAAUCGAGUAUGAAGUAAAUUAUUUAUUUAAAUAUACGUGGUGAGAAAAAGAUUUUUCGUGGUGAGAGCUUAUUUCAGAAUAUUAUAUUUUACGAGUGGGUGGGAGAUAACGAUUAUUUCCACCGAUUAUUGUGAUAAUGUGAUAUCGAUAUCAUAAUGUGGAAUGAAUUUCAAAGCUGCCGUGAUAUUUGCUACAUCGCUGCAAUAAAAUAUUCGUACUUCGCGUAUGUAUCUGUCGAUCGUGAGAAUAUCUCUCAAUCGCCGUUAUGCAUACAGUACGCGGAGAAUGUAAUAAGGUGCGUGCUCAAACUCAGGCACAUUUCUAGGCGUAAUGUAGUAUGCAUUAAUUUCCCGUCAGAGAGUAUAUUAUUUUCCUGACCUAAUCGAUUUUAUUCGCGUACAUCGUGUCGAGCAUAUAAUGAUAAUAAUAAUAAUAUAUAUAUAUAAUAUAUCUAUCCCUUUUCUCUCUUUAAUUAAGCAUCGUUAGAUCGUGUCCGGCGAAACGUAGCGCUUCCUGCGAUUCGCAGGAUCGUUAGAAACGACGCGCCAAUGAUGUAAAUAAUAAUAUGAUGUUUAUAUAGCGCGUGUACGUAGAUCCGUUAUUUAAUUUUUCCUCGCGAACGAGUCAUUUUACAAAUAUAAGACCUAUUUUUCGUUCUUGCAACUUUAACUCUCCACCUUUAGUAAACUACCAAAGAAAUGCAAUGACGCGAUCCGAUGUUAUUUGUAUUAUUUACAACGAGAGUUGUCGCUUUGAAGAAGAAUGUGUGUUUGCAUUUUUGACCCUCGAUCGAGCCAACUGAUAACCAGAUUGAAGAAAUUUUUGUAAAAUCCCAUAUAAACGGCGUCAAAUUUAGAUACGUGCGAUAAGAGAACUGCAUUAUCGUGCGAGCUGGCUUUUAAUGUCGAGCUCGGAAUUGUACCUGGCUCACAAUCAGGUGGCGUUGUAACGGCAUUAAUAAACAAAGUUGCGGAACUAAAA